UGUUUUGUGUUGAAUCGUGACGCCUUAAAUCCUCAUCAAACAAGACAACUUUGAAGGUUAUCUCCAAUUUCGUUCCCUGGUUUCAGUUCAUUCCGUGGGUCUUUAACUCCAUCUUCUUCCUAUAAAACGUAACUGAACUCUCUUCAGUCUCCACUGUUUUCUCCUCUGAAACAUCUCCAAACACGUAUCAAAGUAUAAAACCAAUGGCCACCACCGAGAAAGAGGUGAAAUUUGAGAACAAGAACAAAGAGCUGAAGCAUCUUGGGUUUGUGAGGGUUGCUGCAAUUCAAACCUUUGUGGUUGUGACAAAUCUGUAUGAAUACGCAAAGCAAAACUCAGGCCCUUUGAGAUCCGCCGUUGGGACGGUUGAGGGCACUGUAACUUCCGUUCUGGGCCCUGUCUACAACAAACUCAAGGAUGUCCCAGAUGAUGUCCUCGUUUUUGUUGACAACAAGGUGGAUGAUGCUACUCACAAGUUCGGUGAGCAUGCUCCUUCUUUUGCUAAGCAGGGUGCUUCCAAAGCUAGGAGCUUGAUUCAGAGUCUUGCACAUGAAGCGGGACGAUUUGCAAGUGAGGUUCAAUGUGGAGGGCCAAGAGCAGCUAUACAUUAUGUAACCAGAGAGUCAAAGGAUUUGGUGCUGAUUAACUCAGUGAAGUUAUGGAAAGGACUAAACCACUUCCCACCAUUUCAUGCACUGGCAGAUGUGGCUGUUCCCACUGCUGCUCAUUGUUCGGAUAAGUAUAACCACAUAGUUAAGCAUUUGAGUGGUAAAGGGUAUCCUCUCUCUGGUUAUUUGCCUUUGAUUCCCGUUGAUGACAUUGCCAAGGUGUUUAGGCAGGGCGGUGAGGCAAGCAUGAACGGAGGAGAUGAAGAAGCCUGUAAGAAUGGGAAGAGAUCAUAAUCCUCUAGUUCUUGGUUUUGAGUUUGAGUUCUGUUGAUUGCUUCAAAAAGAAAGGGGGAAGAGAAAGAAAAAGAGGGGGGUUGGAAUCUGAUUCCAACUGAGCUUUGCUUCGAGUCUUGAACACCAUUUGGGAUGUGUGAUUGUGUGGCUCCAACUAUUUGAUGGUGUUGGUAGUGAAGACCAUGUGACUGUAGUUACUUACUUUUUUAAGUCUGUAGGAAAUAGUGAUUGUGUAAAUGGUGCAGUUAAUGGUCAUAAUGUUUGUUCUUCUCCCUUCUUUGUUGGACGUAUAACAUUGCUGGUGAAUUGUUCUUUUGUGCGUU